GCAACAGAGCGAGCUGUCAUGUGCAUGGAACAGAGGCUCGUGCGGUUUGAUACCCAGCUAUACAGCCACCACCAGUCGCUCUUUCUUAUUAUUUCUCAUAAAAAAAUAUCGUUUCAUUUAGGAUUUAUCGAAUGUCACUCCACUCAUGAAUUCUGACUUGAGAAGACUGAAGUGGACUGUAUUGGUGUGAAGGCUAACACACAGGGAUUCCAAUGCCUUCCAGACAACAAUCUAAGAUGGGGAAUUGAAGAGGCUCCUAUCAGGAACAUCAUCUGCAGUGGUUCCCUGGUUGGCCCACUGUCUGUGGACUGAACAGACACCAUGAAGGGUCUAUCAAGCAGCCGCAGCCACCACCAUUUGGUCACCUGUGACCCUGGUUCCUAUGAUGCCCUAGGCCAUGGCCACCACCCUGACCGCAAGCCCUACCUGAUCAACCAGAUGGACAUGCCCAUGUCCCACCCCUCUGACCAUGCCUACUACACCCAGGUCCAGAGCCAGCAUAACCAGAAGAACCACACUGCCUUCCCCUCAGACAGUAGUGUGGUGCCCUAUGGGACCUUCCCCAGACGACACUACAGCAGCUCACACCACGAGCUGAAGGAUCGGGUGGGGGUGGAUGAGUGUGCUGUGGUGCCCUAUGGUGUGGGUGUUGGUGUGGGUAACAUGCUUCCCAACAAGGGCGUCAACAUCCGCCUGCCAGUCAACCUGCUGGACCAGUUUGAGAGGCAGCCGUCAUUCACCCGGGACGGCUACCACACGCUGCAGUACAAGAGGACGGCACUGGAGCAGCGCAACGACAGCCCCGGACGCAUCCGCCACCUGGUCCACUCCGUCCAGAAACUCUUCGCAAAGUCCCACUCCUUGGAGGGGCCAAACUCCAAGCAGGGAAGCAUCAAUGGCAGCAGGAACAGCCCCGAGAGCGAGACGCCCCCCACGCAGAAGCACCGCAAACGUAGCAAGAGCAGGGAGCGCUGCAAGUCAGCUGAGCCCAAGCACAGGAGCCCCACCUCGGGGUACUGGAGCUCAGACGACAUGCUGGAUGACCGAGACGUCUGUCACAGCCUGUUGCACAGCCCCACUGGAGUCAUGACCAUGGGCCGCCACCCGGACAAGUCCCAGUCGCAGUACUUUAUGGAGGCCUACAACACCAUCAGUGAACACGCCCUGAAAACGUCGCGCAGUAAUAACGACGUAGUAAAACACACCUGUGUCCCCUCCCAUAUCCCCAUAAGCAUGGAUGCCCAGCUCAUGAAGAAGAGCUUAUGGUCGUCCAGUCUAACGGUGAGCAGGGCUCGCCAAGUCUACCAGAAGGCCUCAGUAAAUUUAGAUCAUAAAGCGCUAGUGAAAUCUGAGGCUUGUCAGCAGGAGCGCUCAUGCCAGUUCUUGCAGGUGCCACAGGACGAGUGGAGUGGCUUCUCGCCUCUGGGGGGUAAGGAGGAUGACAUCCCAUGUCGACGCAUGCGCAGCGGGAGCUAUGUGAAGGCUAUGGCCGAGGAAGAAGACAGCGAAGACUCUGAGGGAAGUCCAAAGCCAUCGCCAAAGGUCCAGGCCCAAGGUCGACGGGCCAGCUAUAUCAAAGCCACCCAGCCAUCACUGACUGAAAUGACCACCUUAAAGAUCUCCAACGAACACUCUCCGAAGCUGCAGAUCAGGAGCCACAGCUACCUGCGGGCGGUGAGUGAAGUUUCCAUCAAUAGGAGCCUGGACACCCUGGACCCCAAAGGGCUCCUGGACCCCAAAGCGCUGCUCUCCUCACCCCAAUACCGCUCGCGAAACGAGAGUUACAUGAGGGCUAUGAGCACCAUCAGCCAGGUGAGUGAGGUGGAGGUGAACGGGCAGAUAGAGCAGGUGUGUGAGCAGGUGUACAGUGAGAUGGAGUCGCAGGCCAUGGAUGCGUUGGACCUGCCCAUGCCGAGCUGCUUCCGCAUGCGUAGAAACAGCUACGUGAGGGCCAUGGACCAGGGCUGCUCAGAGGAUGACGGGAUGUCCCUGCUGCCCUCCUCACCCCCCAGGACCACCACCACCACCGUCAGGACCAUCCAGAGCAGCACAGUGUCAUCAUGCAUCACCACCUAUAAGAAGACCCCUCCCCCGGUGCCGCCCCGCACCACUAUCUCCAAACCCUUCAUCUCCAUCACAGCCCAGAGCAGCACCGAGUCGGCCCAGGAUGCCUUCAUGGAUGGCCAUGGCCAGGGGAACAGGGACAGCCACCCCCGGGGAGACAUGACCGUCCAGUCAGCCCUGUCCAACUCCACGGAGAGCAUCGACAGCAUGAAGGCCCUGACGGCAGCCAUCGAAGCGGCCAACGCCCAGGUCCACGGCCCCGCCAGUCAGCAUGUCUCAAACAGCACCAUAACCAUCACCACAACCUCUGCCCUGGCCCAGAUCACUGAGGACAGCAGGAAGGAGCAGGCCAGGAGGGCCAAGUGCCAGCUGUCCAUCGGCAUCCAGGUGGACGGGCCAGAAGAGGAAACUUUGGAGAUGGAGGACCAGUCCAAGUUCCAAUCAAUUGGUGUCCAGGUGGAGAACGAGAGGGGAUACCGGCGGCUCACCCGCUCCAACAGUGUAACAGCCGCAGUACAGGCUGACCUGGACAUGCCUGACAUGUUAGACAGCGCCCUGGACUCCCCAGAGACAGACCUGCCCUCCUCAGUCUCUGUGUCACGCCAGUACUCGCGCGACGCUGCCACCUCUCCAGCCUCCACCGUCAGCAUCCAGGGCUCGGGGAACCACUACCACGCCUGUACCUCAGACGACUACGAUGACGUGGGCUUCGACCCGUCCAUCCUGCCCCCGCCCGAUCCCUGGAUCGACAGCUUGACCGAAGACCCCCUGGAGGGGGUCCAGAGGUCCGUGUGUCAGCGGGAUGGGCGCUGGUUCCUCAAGCUGCUGCAGGCUGAGACAGACCGCAUGGAGGGCUGGUGCAGACAGAUGGAGCAGGAUGAACAGGAGAACGAGCUGCCUGAUGACGUCUUGGGGAAAAUAAGGCUUGCCGUGGGAAGUGCUCAGCUCCUGAUGUCACAGAAGUUCCAGCAGUUCCGGGAGCUUUGUGAGGAGAACCUGAAGCCCAAUGCCCAACCGCGGCCCAUCUCUCAGGACCUGGCUGGUUUCUGGGACAUGCUCCAGCUGUCCAUCGAGAACAUCAGCCUGAAAUUUGACGAGCUGCACCAGCUGAAGGCCAACAGCUGGAAGCACCUGGACCCCCCGGAGAGAAAGGAGAAACGGAUCCCUCCUCCUGUGCCAAAGAAACCCCCAAAAGGUCAGCCUCCCCUGGCCCGAGAUAGGUCCCUGGAGAGCUCUGAGAAGCAGAGGCUGGAUGCGCGAAAGCGCUUGAUGGCUGCCAAGCGAGCUGCGUCGGUACGGCAGAACUCAGCCACUGAGAGCGCAGACAGCAUCGAGAUCUAUAUCCCCGAGGCCCAAACCAGGCUAUGAGCACCAUGGCAAGCACAUCUUCACCACUACACACAAACCCUGGCUCACACACACACACACACACACACACACACACACACACACAGAUUCACUUACAGUAUACCUCACACACCGCUAGAACACAAACACACAGGUAAACACACACAAGCUUUUAAAAGUAUGGUUCCUGUGGACACAAACACAGAGACCUACUCCCACUGAUAGGUAAGUGCAGGGUAUUUGUAAUAUAAUCACACUAUUCUGUCCGUAAUGGGAAGAGAAAUGCCACCGGUAUAGUUGUUUCUCUUACAUAUUAUUAUCUGUCUCUCACAAAUUUGAUCCUGGUCUUGUUUCUAUCUAUGUAACAUGGAUCCUCGCCUGAAGAGGACCGCUUCUUGAUCCUUCUUUUAAAAAGUUGAGCACUUUUACCCACACCUGUGUAACAUACACCAUGAUCUUGUGAAAUGUAUAGCAUUCUUAAUCAAUGUAGACAGCUGUUGAUAUCCUAACAGGAAGCAAAUAAUAAUUAUCUUUGAGCAUUUGGUUUCUUUAGCUCUUUGUACUUUCACCUAAGCAUGGGCCAAACAGAAUGCCUUGCUUCAUGUCCCAUUCAAACCUCUGAAUCUUUUUUCUUUGAUUGUGACAUGAUUGGCAAACAAACAGGGUAUAUUAUGCAUAAGCAAUAUUUGUUUGAAAUCAGAUGAAGUAAAUGUGUAAAACAAAUGAACACUUUGAUUUUGAAAUCCCAUCUGUGAAGAUCAGAGUUGAGACAAAAACAUUUUUCUGUAGCCAGUUCUGUUGGUUUGUUAUGCUGAAGCUGUCUAUUGUAAAGACAUAGUUGCUUAGUCUAGAGAAAUAUCUGUUUAAACGUUUUAGAAAUUCUUGGUACAAGGACAACUAAUCCUGCUUUCCCUUUUGUAAAGUCUGAUGUGUGUCUAAAGUGGAUUUAUGACAGCUGAGGAUAUUUGCAAUGAUGAGCCACCCAAUAUGAAAUACCCUAAAAACAGAGGGACACUAAGAAUGCAAGUCGUUUUAUUUCUUAACAAUGUUUUUCCAGUAGCAAGUUCGGUGGUUUACUUUUAUUAGUAAACUGUUUCUGGGUAUAUUAGUUAAAUCCCAAGUGGGCCAGUGUGAUGCUCCAGCAGGCUUAGCUCUGUGUUAUUUCUCAGGAAGAGAUGGAAAUUCAGUCUGUCAAAUCAGGGUCUCCUAGUGCUGGUGGUGUGUGUGUGUGUGUGUGUUAUUGACAUGUGCGUGUGUUUGUGCGUGCGUGCGUGCAUGCCAGUAUGUGGGUGUGGGUGUGCGUGUCGUUUUGUGUGCAUCAGUGUUUAGAGGUGAGUGUGUGUGUGGUUGUGGGUCUCUUAAAGUGCUUCCUGAUUUCCUCGGUUGACAUGUUGGCCUUUCUUCAAUACGGUCAAGUAGCCUCAUGAACAUUUUGUACAUAGUCAAAACACCACUUGUACUUGAAAAUAACCAUUUGUGUGUUUGUACAGAAGUGAUACAUGAGGAUGUUCCAGUAAGCAUGCAGACACAAUAUUAGUAUUAUAAAAUCUAUACCUAAUUCAUCUGUUUAUUUAUCAAACUAUUUAUUUAUUGAUGAUUUCAUUUUUUUGUUUUUUACUGUUUCUGUUCAGUGGUCUGUCAUGCUACUCUGAUCUUAUGUUGUAUUGUAUAGAGAGUAUAUGUGCAUACAUAUGAUAAACACAGAAUAAAAUAAUUAUCAACUCUG